CAGUGUUAGCGGUGUUCGGGUCCGGGAGCAACAUGGCGGCGUCCGUGAGGGCCUAGCUUUGGGAAAACACAGUGUGCGGUGUCGCUGUCUUGCGGGAUAUCGACCUACUUGAGCUUUCAGCGACCACCUAUUUAAGGAAGCGUAAACUCAUCCGCGGUAGCUUUAGUGACCGGCGGUUCGCUCUCCUCCCCAGUAAGGAGCAGAGUCCUGAGCACUGACCAGGAUGAGCAACAUCUACAUCCAGGAACCUCCAACGAACGGGAAGGUUUUAUUGAAAACUACAGCUGGAGAUAUUGACAUAGAGUUAUGGUCAAAAGAAGCCCCUAAAGCUUGCAGAAAUUUCAUUCAGCUUUGUUUGGAAGCUUAUUAUGACAACACCAUUUUUCAUCGAGUUGUACCUGGCUUUAUAGUCCAAGGGGGAGAUCCUACUGGCACAGGGGCUGGUGGAGAGUCCAUUUAUGGAGUCCCAUUCAAGGAUGAAUUUCAUUCACGGUUGCGUUUUAAUCGGAGAGGAUUGGUUGCCAUGGCAAACGCUGGCCCUCAUGAUAAUGGCAGCCAGUUUUUCUUUACACUGGGUCGAGCAGAUGAACUUAACAAUAAACACACCAUCUUUGGAAAGGUGACAGGGGAUACAGUAUACAACAUGCUGAGACUGACAGAAGUAGACAUUGAUGAUGAAGAAAGACCAUGUAAUCCGCACAAAAUAAGAAGUUGUGAGGUUUUGUUUAAUCCUUUUGAUGACAUCAUUCCAAGGGAAAUUAAAAAGCUGAAAAAAGAGAAACCAGAGGAGGAAGUAAAGAAAUUGAAACCCAAAGGCACAAAAAAUUUUAAUUUACUUUCAUUUGGAGAGGAAGCAGAAGAAGAAGAAGAGGAAGUAAAUCGAGUUAGUCAGAGCAUGAAGGGAAAAAGCAAAAGUAGUCAUGACUUGCUUAAGGAUGAUCCACAUCUCAGUUCCGUUCCAGUUGUUGAAAGUGAAAAAGGUGAUGCUGCAGGAGAUUCAGAUAAUGAUGGAGAAGGUGAAAGUGCAGACCAUGAUGGUGAUGAGAAGAAUCUGAUUAGAGAACGAAUUGCAAAAAAGUUAAAAAAAGACACAUCUGCAAAUGUUAAAUCAGCAGGCGAGGGAGAAGUGGAAAAGAAAUCAGUUAGUCGCAGUGAGGAACUCCGAAAAGAAGCAAGACAAUUAAAGCGGGAACUCUUAGCAGCAAAACAAAAAAAAGAAGAAAAUGCAGCAAAACAAGCAGAUAAAAGAAGUGAAGAGGAAGAAGCUGCUCCAGAUGGUGCUGUUGCAGAAUACAGAAGAGAAAAGCAAAAGUAUGAAGCUUUGAGGAAGCAACAGGCAAAGAAGGGAACUUCCCGGGAAGACCAGACCCUUGCACUGCUCAACCAGUUUAAAUCUAAACUCACUCAAGCAAUUGCUGAAACUCCUGAAAAUGACAUUUCUGAAACAGAAGUAGAAGACGACGAAGGGUGGAUGUCGCAUGUACUUCAAUUUGAGGAUAAAAGCAGAAAAGUGAAAGAUGCAAGCAUGCAAGACUCAGACACAUUUGAAAUCUAUGAUCCUCGGAAUCCAGUGAAUAAAAGAAGAAGGGAAGAAAGCAAAAAGCUCAUGAGAGAGAAAAAAGAAAGAAGAUAAAAUAAGAGGAAUGGUAACCAGAACUAGCUGGAAAAGUGCCUGCAAUAAAUGGCCUUGUAACAGCCAUUGUUCCCAACAGCAUCACAUAAUGGUGUGAAAGUAUUUUUGAACCUGUUGUCUGGUUUUGAAAAACAGUUGUCUUGUUUUAUAAAUUGUAGAAUAACUUAAGCAAGUGUUUCGGUUACUGGUACAUGCUUUUUUUUUUCUUCCUAAUUGACCUUUUAUAUUGCUAAAUCUGAAAUAAAAUCACUUUUUUUCCAGUUUAACGUGUUAAACAUUUGCAGACUGUAUAACACUGUUUGUGUCUUUUUGCCCUAAAAUAUGUGAAGGCUUCCUUUUUAAGAUUUUUUUAUAGGAAGUUCUUACAGAAAGAGGAUUUGGGAGAAACCUCCUGGACAUUGUUACCAGUGCUAACUUUGGAGUAUAAUAAAAAUUAUCUAAUAUAAAGAUUAAUUUUUUGUUUUGCACAUAAGUAUUUGAGCAUAGCCAAAUAAGUACAAUUCAAUAGCCUUAUGUCUUCAGUCUUAAGGAAUCCCUAAGUGAGUAGUCACACCUGCAGCUAGACUGAUGCCUCAGCUAUAUAGAUCUAGCCAAGAUACUCCAAAGAGUCUAAGCAAUGUUGGCUGACUUCACGGCGUAGCCUAGCAUAUCAUCCGGCCACCAAUCUGGUCUUCUACCCUUCUUAGCACAGAAUCAGCAAGAGCACAUACAGAGGGCCCAUUCCACCAGUAGAACUCUUAAAAUUAAUAAUUUAGCCCUUCAAUGACAAUCAUUCAUACUGAUUAUUUACUGCAUAUUAUCUAUAUUUAGUCAAUAAAUUCUAGAAUCUUACUACCACAGUUAUAACACAGGCUAAUUUUCAGUUAUCUAACAAAACCUCAUGUCUUCUCAGAGAGUUAUCUCAUUAGCUCUCCCUUUCAAAAUGUAAUCUCAUAGGCUUUCUCUAGACACAGGUUCUCUAACUAUAGUCCCAUAUGCUACCCUACAGUAGCAGCAGCAAUGGCAUCUGAUGGCAUGUUAAAAUACAAAUUCUUUCCCUACUCCCUCCCUACCUCCAUUCUACUGAAUCCAGAACUUUGGAGCUGGAGGUCUUGUUAAAUAAAGAUUGCUGGACCUCACUACUGAUGGUUCUGCCUCUCUGGAGACUGGCAAUAUCUACUGAAGUUAAAGAUGUGUAUAUCCAGUGAUCCAAAAAUUGUAAUGCUAGGUCUAUAUAUACCCUAAAGAAAUUUUCACACAUUGCUCAAGAAAAUCUGUACUAAGAUAUACAUUGAAGCAUCAACCAAAGAAUGGCUAAAUAAGUUGUAUAUCCCUACUGUGGAAUACUUUAUACUGGUGAAAAAUCAAUAAACCAGAGCUAUAUGUAACAGCACAUUUUAAUGUGAAAAAAGGAAACCAUCUAUAUAAAAAUUUAAAACAUGUAACACACCAUUAUAUAUUGUUUAUAGAUAUAUAUGUAUCAUAAAUGAGAAAAUAUGUUUCAGAAAAGUGGUUACCUCUGAGAGAGAGGGAGAAUACACAGGGAGCCUCACUUGGUGUUUGUAAUGUUUUAUUUCUUAAGCAAGACAGAGGGUACUCAAUUUUCAUUAUAUAAUUCUCUAUACAUUUUGCUAUGCCUGAAAUAUUUUGUAAUUUUUUCUUUAUGAUCAUAGCUAGAAACCUGAGGUGAGGAGACAGAAGGACUCCCUCUACUGACAACAAUCCCCUUUUCUUUUUGCUUCCAGAAGAAGGGAUAAAUUUCAGAGAAAAGGAGGGGGACAUGACAGAGGUGUAGUACCAAAAUGCACCUUAUUACGUGCCCUCAGUUCACUGUAUUCUCUGAAGCCCGCAGUCAGUAAUGCAUCUGCCGCAUCUAAAAAUGGGGACACCAUUGAACAAGGUCAUUAAAAAGUGUGAGGAGAUGAGUGGUUUGCUGCUGUUGUUUUUAGAACAAGUUCAAUAAGCUAUGGUGUCCUUAUCAAACUGUCACUACCAAGUUUUUCGAUAGGAUCUGACGUGUGAGGUACAUAAACCUGUUCUGUUGUAUCAGUGUUGCCUGUACGGAAAAGGUUAGAUAAAUGCAGAAUAUUGCCCAAACAUGCUGUCUAAUCUUGGUGAUAACAAGAAAGAAAAUGGAAGUGUGAAGUGAGUUACCAUUGAGAGUUGUCUCAGUAUAAGCAAUUUACAUGUACAGGGUGUAGAGAAGUUAAGAGGGGUUACAUUCUUUAACACUGUCAUUCACAAAAAAGAGCAGGUCUGGUUUCUCUAUGGCUUUGACUCUAUUCCAGUUACUCUAAACAAAUUUAUCAAGUGAUGCAUUUCUGCUUACUAGAAAGCAGUUUUUCCUGUCACACAUAUAUUUUAUCUCCUUUCUUCUUUUAGCUUUUGAUGAAGAGAAGUAAAGCAAGGCACCAUAUUUUAGAGAUAUCCUUUCUAAUAAGGAGUUGAUGGAAUUUGAAUUCUGAGAGAAAUAAUAAAAUCACCAAAUCUUACUAGGAUGGGUAUUAGAAGUCCCAUGCUUGUCUCAAGGAUACUCUUUAUUCCCAAAAUCCCCUUUGCCAAAGCCAUCCAUGAAUAUCUUGGUCAUAGAUGCUAAGAGUUUCGUUAAUCCUUGUGGAUGCUUGUUUUCAGUAGUAAACCAGCUCCCUAAAAAAAAACAGAGAGACAAAAAGCCCUGAUUUGUUGUUGUUUUACCUAUCUCCAUAGUGUAAAUACUCACCGUGGCCAAUUUUGAGCUACCGAAAGUAACUCCAAUAUACAAUUGUUAUCCAAAAAUAACAAUAUGGAGAUUUAUUUUUUUCCAUUAUGCUUCAUUUCCAGUUCAAAGCUUAUAUGGUAAUGCUCGCAUUGGCAUUAAAGAGAACAAAGGUUUUGACCCUUUGCCAGGAUUACAGUAUUCAUGCAUACUUCUAUUUUAUGUGAUUUCUUCACACAAUUUGGACAAGUACUAAGUUUUAGCAAUGGCUGCAUCCAAUGCUUUUCUCGUUGUUUUGUAUUUUUAGAUUCUGCACUGGUGGAGUUUUCCAGAGUCAUUUGGCUCACACUUAUUUUUCUCUAUUUGCCUUUUUUGCCUCAAAUAACCAGGUGUCCACAGCAAGAAGCAAACAAAUCUCACAGAAAAAAAAGAGUUAUGAAAUUAUUUUUUAAAAAGGACAGCAUGAAAUUAUAGUUCUUUAAAUUAUUCCCUGUAAGUGAUGAUGUACGAAUUCAUCAUGUAAAAAAAAAAAAAAAAAGGAUUUAGUGUUGGGGGUGGGGAA